AUGUCUCUCCGUUCAGUGAAAAAAUUUAUCAGAAAAUCUGCUAGUAAUCUUAAAGAAUUAAUUGGUACUAAAAACGAAGAUAAUUCUAAUAUACCUACUUCUUCAACAACAUUAGAAAUAUCAACUUCUGAUAAUAGAGAGUAUGAGACUUCUCUUCAUAAUACGGAAUUAUUGGACGACGCUUCAGAAUUAUAUGAUGAUGUUAAUGAUAACACUACAAUAAUACUUGAUAAUGUUGGAAGUAUUAAUGACUUAUAUCAACCAAGUUCAGUAAUAAUAUUAGAUACAAUGGAAGUGGCUGAACAUAACAAAAGAAUUUGUGGGUCUUUAUUAGAUAGGGUCGCGUCUGCCGAAGCUGCUGUUCGAAAUUUAAAGAUCCGUAGAGAUGAUAAUCAAUCAUUUUUCACCGAACAUAAUUAUUUAUUAUUUCGAAAAUUCUUACAAACCAUAAAUAAAAUUAAAAAUUUUAUACAUGAAAUAUCACAACUUUCUCGAUUAGGAAAAUAUUUACGUUCGGCUUCGAUUAGUGAGACUUUUCAAAAUUUAACCAAUGAAUUUGAUGGAUAUAUGAAUUCAUUACAUUUUUCUAUAACUAUUGAGAAUCAUAUUCAAGCAGAGAAAGAUAAAAAGUACCUUGAUGUAAUAAAAGGUGGAGUAACAGAUUUUGGUAACAAGAUUAGUAUAAUAGUUGAAGAAGUUUCAGCUCUAAAAAAUAAUUUUGAUAAACAAUCUUUAUCAUCAAUUAAUAAUCAAAAACCUUUGAGACUUGAUGAAAUAGUUACCGAUGAUCCACUUAACAUUGAAGAUUUUCAAAUUGUUCCUAAUUCAAAUCGUGGUAAAAAAGUUCAUAAACGAAUUCGAAAUCAUGAUGGGUGUGAAGUUGCUUUUAAAGAAGUACCAGUAAAAGAUCUUCCAGAAUAUACGAAAAAUAGUAUUUCUGUACAAGUAACAAUCUUAAAAAAAAUUCAACAAUCAGAUGAGAUUAUUAAAUUUAUUGGAUUACAUAAAAAUAAUGAUAACCUAUAUUUGGUUAUGGAAUGGGUAGAAUAUGGUAGUUUAAGGAAAUAUUAUGAGACUUAUGGAAUGGAUAAUGGAAUGAAAGUAUCAAUUGCGCUUGAAAUCUCUCGAGGACUUAAUUUUUUGGCAUCAGUACAGAUUUUACAUCGUGAUAUUAGUACAGAGAAUAUUUUAAUUACAUUAGAGAAACGUGCAAAGAUCACUAAUUUUGGAUUAAGUCGUGGAUUUACGGAUGCAACAUGA